AGGCUCAAUUCGACUGUGUGUUUAUGCUACAUAAAGGAGGUGAAAUCCUCCUUUUCUACCCUAGGCUCUAAAAUCACAAGCAACCACACCAUAUUGUAAAAAGAUCACUGUAAAGCAAGAUGGAGGUAGACAUACGGUUGGCCGCAGAGAGGCUGCGUCAGGAGGAAGCCACGCGUGGUGCCGCCCAACUGGUCACACCAGGAGACACCGUCACAGGAGAUGGCGGAUUUAUGAGGGGUCACGGUACCUACAAAGAUGGAGAGAAUUUAGUGGCCUCUGUUGCAGGAUUUGUGAGAAGAAUAAAUCGACUUAUUUCUGUUCAGCCCCUGAAAGCCCGAUACAAUGGGGAGAUUGGUGACGUGGUGAUUGGCCGGGUGAUCGAGGUGCAGCAGAAACGCUGGAAGGUGGACACGUGCAGUCGACUCCACUCACUACUCAUGCUUUCCUCUGUGAACCUGCCCGGCGGCGAACAGCGCCGUAAGACACAGGAGGAUGAGCUGGCCAUGCGCUCUUACCUGGAGGAGGGUGAUCUCAUCUCGGCAGAGGUGCAGAACAUCUUCUCCGACGGAUCACUGUCGCUGCACACUCGCAGUCUCAAAUAUGGAAAGCUCUCGCAGGGUGUGGUGGUGGCCGUGCCGUCGAACCUGGUGCUGCGGCGGAAGAACCACUUCCACGACCUGCCGUGCGGCGCUACGGUGAUCCUGGGCAACAACGGCUACAUCUGGAUCUGCGCCACGGUCGUUGGAGAGGACGGCGGAGCCGGUACCGGCGGCUAUGUCCAGAACUUGGAGCGUGUGCCCCUGCCGGAGCGAGAGGUGAUCUCACGGCUGCGGAACUGCAUCCUGGCACUGGCCGGCUCCUGGAUGAUGCUCUACGACACGUCCAUACUGUACGCCUUCGAAGCCUCCUCCAAGUUCCAGGUAGGUGCGGUACCUGUCUCGCAGGAGCCCGGGUCAGGUUACCGGGUGAGGUCACUUGAUAAAAUAUUGACCGUUCUGGGACUAUGUUUUGGUGACGUUAUUAUUUCACCGGUAUAUUACAUGUAGCGUAUAUUACAUGUAUGUAUAUUGUAUAAUAUAAAAAGCACGGCUCGAAGAUGUCGGCAUUGGGACACCAUAUCUUUUCGAUCUGAACAUGUUUGAUAUAGUUCCUGAACGGCUAGGUACCGAUUAAAAUGAUACUUCUGGCUGCACGCAGCGUAUUUCAACGUCGCAUUUUACGGGCUUACGACUGUGCGCGCCCCUGUUCUUGCCUGCCGCGGGCCGGCUCCCACCACGCCCUGAGGUGUGUAAUCGGCGCGUGUGACGUACUCCCGUGACUUAAUGAAACCUGAGGUGAUCGCAGUACUCCUGCCCUAAGCUGAGGCGUCGGUAUCCGCUGCCACCCUCCCCAACUGACCCGUGUGCGGCGCGUCUGUUGCAGGCCCGUGACCUACUGAAGCCAGAGGUGAUGGCGGAGGCAGCUGACCUGUGUGUGUACUGUGUCUCCUGCCCUGUGUGUGUGUGUGACGCUUUGUCCCGGCCUGAGGUCUGUGCGGCGCGUCUGUUGCAGGCCCGUGACCUUCUGAAGCCCGAGGUGAUGGCGGAGGUGGCCGACCUCACCCGGAAACGACUGGACCUGGAGGCAGCUGAGUGAACCGCCCCCAUCAUCCGAUCAUGGUUACUGUCACCGCAUAUUGUCCCCAUCUUCAUCAAUGAAUGCAAUAUGAAAAUAAAUAGGCACACAACA